UAAUUGUCAAGGGUAAACAAAAUCAAAAGAAAAAUUAAUAUAAUGGCUAUAACAAGUGAUAUAAAUUUUACAUUGAAUAAUCUUGGUUCAACGAAUUUUAAAAAUAACUCAAUGUCAUCCAUCAGCACCGUUACAAGUAAAACGGAAACGACAAUAUUGAGUGAUCAAAAUGCGGGUCCUAUUCAAAAACGUCUUGAAUCGAUGACAGAUGAUGAAAUUAUACAAAGAAAUUUAAAAGAAUUAAUGGAAAAAAAAAAUCGAGAAGAACGCAAGGCCAAUGGUCGUUUGGUGGCAGUAAUUUUGGCUUCAUUAGUCAUAUUUUUGGCUAUUUAUCAUGCAUGGAUACGAAAACCUAACAACAAGUUGGCUGGUGUUUUGGUGCCGGCCGUUAUAAUGUUGUCAUUUGGUGGCUGGGUUGUUGUCUUGGCUAAACGUGAUAAAGCCAGAAGACAAAUGUUUGAAAAAUAUUUGGAGGAAAUGGCUUUAAAAAAUAAACAAGAGCUGGAAGCAAAAUCGAAAACAAAGUCAAAGAAAUCGCAUGACAAAAAAUUAUCCAACGAAACAUUAUUACACUAUGAAAAUGAAAUAACUAAAGACCACCUGCCGAGGCCUACAACAUCCAUACUGAAAAACAAUGAUCAUCGGAAACAUCGCAAACACAGAAACGCCUCAAACAGUGACGGUUAUAGCACUACGUCAUCAUCAAGCUCUAAGAAAUCAUCACAUUAUGCCACCAAAGAUUUACGCGUUAAAAGACCCAGUAUAAGACAGAAACUAUUUCGACAAACUGGCAUCUAUCACAUGCCAGCGACGACAGCAAAUGCAACACAAACCCUGGUGCAGGCUGUCAUAAACUCACCAGUGCCACAGUGUACGCCACCACUGAUAGAUGUGGUGGCGCAACAAUACGCUGCACCCACAACAUUGAUGGAAAAGAAACGUAAACGUUUACAAAGAUUAGACGCUUUACAAGUGCCGACGAUGGUGCGUAUGAGUUCGGCACCAUAAUAAAAUAAUAAACACUCAUACGCUCUAGGUUUAAAUUAAUAAUAUUGUACAUGGAUGGAUGUACGUCAUGCGAUGCUGCAGCAUCCUUAAUAAGUGGGAAUAAAAACAGGAAGUAAUUAAAAAUAGUAUAAAAAUAAUUAAGAACAAUGUUGUUUAUAAAAUGUACGUGUGUGUUUUCAUUUUCUUAUUUCUUGAGUUUAUUUUUUAUAAUGUGUAUUUUAGAUACUUCUUUUUUUACAAUAAAAAAAAACGAUUUUUUUAAAUAAUAAAAAAAACUGAAUUAAAAAAAA